AUGGAUGUCGUAAACCUUGAUCGGUGCCCGAUCUACGCCUCCUUCUUUGGAGCACUCGGUUGCGCCUUUUCCAUCGUCUUCACCGUCAUCGGCGCGAGCUAUGGCACCGCCAAAUCGGCCGGCGCCAUCUUCUCGUCCGGAGUCAUCCGCCCGGACCGGAUGAUGCAAAACACCCUCUGCGCCAUCAUGGCCCAAAUCAUAUCCAUUUACGGCCUCGUCGCCUCGGUGAUCAUAUCCAACAACCUGGUCGAGAAGAUGGCCCUGCACACGGGCUUUAUGCAGCUUGGCGCCGGCCUGGCCGUGGGCUUGUGUGGGUUGGCGGCCGGCUUCGCCAUUGGUAUCGUCGGAGACGCAGGCGUCCGAGCCAGCACGCAACAGCCCCGCUUGUACAUCGGCAUGGUGCUCAUCCUCAUCUUCGCCGAGGUGCUGGGCUUGUACGGCGUCAUUGUCUCCAUCUUGAUGCUGAGCAAGUCAACGCUGGGAGUCACCCAGUGUCCGUACUAG